GAUCUGCACAUCAUGCGUUAUCUAUCCGAAACGGCUUUUCUCGAUGAGUCACCGGCCACUCCGGCGGACAUUCACGAGAUCCUUAAGUCCCUGGGUAGUCAGUUUGACUCGAAAUUAACAUCAGCGGAGCGAAUGCUGUGCGCACGUUUCACCAAAGGCCGUACCCUGUAUGAGGAAUACGCGCGCAAUCCCGAACGUUCAAUGCAUAUGUCGGAGAGCGAGAUCGAAGAGUACAUUCUGGCAGAGAAAGAGGUAUCGGAGUGCGUUAAAAAAAUGGUGACGCUUAUGUUCAAAGUAAGAGCACCAGAUAUUUUGCUUCUAACCACAGCGUCACUCAUCAACACCACGAGCACGGGCGGGAUUUUCAAGACCCACAUAGGGGACCGCAAAGUGAUAAUCAUUGAUGAGGCCUCCCAAGUCCCCGAACCAAUUUUCGCGUGCAUCACCACUCUGUUCCCAGACGCCUCCCAGCUCUACGUCGGCGAUGUCAAUCAGCUGCAGCCGCAUACUAAGUGCCCUCCCGAUGCCAAUCCAGCGUUGUUUGGGGCUCGAAGUAUCACAGACGUCCUGGCUCAGUCCCCCCUCCUACCGAGAGCUACUCUGAUCACUACGUUCAGGGCCCACCCCGCUCUGAACGCGCUACCUAAUAUCCUGUCGUAUAAUGGCACCUUGGUCAGCGGAGCUCGAGCCGAGGACCGUCGUCUCCUAUUAGAUCGGAUCCACUUCCCUAAUCCAAAUGUACCCUUCGCCCUCGUGAACGUGAGGGGCUACUCCGUCAGAGCACCUACACGCUCACAUUCAAACGAGUACGAAGCCCAAGCGUGCAGCUCUUUAAUCGACUACCUCUUAGACGUAGCCAAACUGGAUCCGCAGCAAAUUUGUGUUAUAACUUUCUAUCGCGAGCAAUACCGACUGCUACAAGAUUUCGCUGCUUCCCGCCAUAUUGAAAUCGCCACUGUAGACUCCAUCCAAGGGCGUGAAAUGGACGUAGUAAUACUUCUAACAACACGCACUGGAAUGGAGGGAACAGCGUCGACUUUUGUCGACAACCGCCUUCGGCUGAACGUAGCCAUCACGAGAUGCCGCCACGGGCAGUUUAUUCUAGGUCAGGUGGCGUCGCUCCGAUCUCUUCCCCACUGGGGCACGGUCGUCCGAUGGGCCGAGAGUAUUAAUGCAGUAGUGCAGUCUACACAGUUGGAGCGCUUAUUCCCGAGUUGCUAG